AUGCCGCUUCAACUGCCCCCUGGCAUCCGCAUCCGCUACGACCCAUCCCACCCGAACCGGGGCAAACGGCGCUCCCUAACCGCCACCCGCCCCUUCUCCCCAGGUGACCAAUUAGCCACCUUCUCGAACCCCCUCCUCGCCCUCCCAGACAAUGCAACCAUGCGCACAACCUGCAACUACUGCCUUCGCCCUAGCGCCGACACCGGCACCGUCUCUGGAGGACAGCAGCAGCUCAAGGCCUGCACAGGGUGCAAAGCAGCCGUCUACUGCAACGCCACUUGCCAGCGCGCGCACUGGCGCGCGGUACACAAGGCCGAGUGCAAGAUGUUUGCGCGGGUGCGGGAGCAGGCGGGCAAGGACUGGUUGCCGACUCCCGUGCGGGCCGUAGCGCAGGUGCUGUUGAUGCUGAGAGCCGGGGAUGCGGCUGUCAGGGAGGCGUUUGAGGGCGGCGGUGACGGGGAGUGGUCUGGGCUGGAAGGGAACGUGGAGGGCUUCAAGGCGGAUGGGGAGGUGUGGAAGGACUUUGAGCUGCAGACUGCGGCGGCGGCGGUGUAUGCUAGGUUGCUGGACGGGGAGGAGGUGCUUACUAAGGCGAGGGAGAUCUUGUGUAAGAUACAAACGAAUGCCUUCAACCGGCUGGACGCGGACACAGGGAUGGGAGGAAUUUUCCUGGAUGCUGGACUGGCUAUGGUGAAUCACUCGUGCGUGCCCAACGCAUUCAUUGGGUUUGACAAGCGGACGGCCGUGUUGAGGGCAGAGAGACCAAUUCAAGAAGGAGAGGAAAUCACCAUUUCGUACAUUGACAACACCCUCCCCAAGGCCGCGAGGCAUGAGGCUCUGAGGUCGUACCAUUUCCGAUGCGACUGCCUCCGCUGCGAGGAUGACCUCGACGUGUACGACGUUUGCCAAAAUUCGCCUGACAUACCGCUCAACUCAUUCAGUCUUCAGCCGGACCUGGAAAAGCUGCGGAACCCACCGAUAGACAGGUCGAAAGUGUCCAAGGUGGAGAUCGAGGCCAUCUACAAGAAAUGGCAGGCCCUGGCAAAACCAGAAGGGGAUGAUGAGGGAGACCACUUGAAGCUCGCCAAGGCCCGGUGGAAGCUGUGCAGGCCACUCAUCGACGCCAGGAUGUGGGCGGUAGAGCCGUUGCCGACGACCAUCCUCGAGCUGGCGACACGCUGGCAGACUAGCAACAAGAUGGUGGUGUACGCACUCCCGCUGCUAUGCUGCCUCGCCACCGAGUGCGACCCCUUCAAGUUGGUGGCGCCGUUUAUGCCCUGGCGGAUCAAGGGCAUCGUAGCUAUCGUCAAGCUGUUGGCCGUGACCGGAGAGCUCACCGCGAGCGGCGCGCUUGCCACUAGGUGCACGCAUGAGGGGCUCGUGGGCACACUUGCGACGUCCGAUCAGGUCAGCAUGUGCGAGGCUCUGCUGCGGCUGGUUGUCCGACACGCGUCUGUCGGGGCCGCGGAGGAUUGGGACGUGCUUCAGCAAGCCAAGUCGAUGCUAGAAGAUGUCGAGAGCCUCCAGGGACGUGAGCAAGAGUCCAAUGUGCUUCGAGCAUGGGCGAAGGAUCCCAAUGAUCCUGAGUGUGCGGCAUUCUUUGAGAACCAGGUCCUCAAACCCAUCAAGACGCUCUCCUCCAUUGCAGUCGAGACCUUGGAGGCAAUGCUGUCCGGGAGAGCAUAA